UCGUGUCUUGGAACAAACGAAUUUCAGAUGUGUGGAAGUGGAGAUAACCAGAUAUAUUGGGGAAUUCAACUUGACCAAGAUCUUUUGGAAACUAUUAUUAGCAUCUAUCCAGAGUGGUUUAAAGAUUAUAAUCUUAACUUGGCCACAAUGGCAGAUUGGAAUGCCAAUAACAAUAAUGCAGGGGUGGGAGGUGGGGUUAGCAGCACCGUUAUUCCUUUGUUCCAAUCCCGUGAAACCAUCUCUCCACCAAAGGCUGAAGUAGACGAACGUUCUAUUUGUAAAUCUAUGGAUAAGAACAAAGAGUCUCUGAAAAAGAAGUUGUUACUACGUCGCCCGAUAUCUCAACUCAUAGAUCAAGGAAUCAUGCCGCCAUUGAACACCCCUCCAUCUUUUCACCAACAACGACAAAAAUUGGAGAGAGCAAAGAUGGGGGACAUUCUUAAAAAUAAAAUUCAACGCCGCCCUAAUCGUCAAGAACUAAUUCAGCAACAUAUUCUCGAAGAUACUACAGUUGAUCCUAGUCUGCAAGAGAAGCAGAGGCAACUCAAGAAAGCCCGGCUUGCAGAUAAUCUUAAUGACCGCAUUUCUAAUCGACCUGGCCCUCUUGAGUUGAUUAAAGGAAACAUACUCCAGGCUGAUGAAAGACUGACACAAGCUGUGAAAGAGGGACAAAUAACUUUCAGGAAAACAUGUGAAGGAGAAACAUCCAAACAUCCACCUCCACGUUUUGUGAUCGAAGAAGACAGUAGCAGUGAUGGAGCCUUAUCUCCUCCUCAAGAUGUAACUGACCAGUCACAAAGCAGUUUUCCAUCAAUGGCUAGAAGUGAGACUUCCCCAGCUCCGGAGUCACCAAGUUCAAACAAAACUACAUCUGUCUCAUCACCCGGAAGUUUGGUGGCAUCUCCGCUCUCCUUGCAAGCAGCAGCAUCUUCUGCAAGUCCACAACCAAAUCAAAUGUCAACCAAUUUAAUGACCAUCACAUCUAGUCAAUCCUCCAUUCAGGCUCAGAAUAAGGAUAGUAGUAACAGUGGCAGUAGCAGCAGCAUAACCAACAAAAACAGGAAAAAGUCUAAGUCAAAAUCUCAACCAAAAACAAGGACCAUUAAAUUCCAUGAAUAUAAGGGUCCUUCCACUGCUCAGAAAAACCACACAAUGCUCUCAUCAUCAGUGGAGACAUCAUAUGAUUUGUUGCUUCAACAACAACAACUUUUUUUACAGUGGCAGCUGGAAUGGCAGCAAAAGUAUCCCCAGAUCAUCUUACCUUCUGCUCAGAAACCUAAUGGGGACCAAACCCCUAGUGGGAAUCCAGCUCAAACACAACUCCCAGCUUCUUCUAGCCAGUCUCAGCUUCAACACACAUCACAACAAGGUUUUUCCAAGCUAGAGGAUAUGAAAGUGAGUGACUUGAAAGCUGAGCUGAAAAAACGUAACUUACCUGUGUCGGGAUCAAAACCCCAGCUUAUUGAACGACUUAAACCUUAUUCUGACCUGAAAUCAAAUUCUGGCACAAUCUCUUCAACUACUGCUAUUACAAGUGCUGCUUCAACUUUAAGCAGCAGUGCUCCAGCUAAUGUAGGAAGUAUCCUUCUGGACACACUGCCCCCAACUCUUCACCAUCCUACUGAAUGUGAUAUUCAACCCGUGUCUCCAGCUGCUACUAUGGAUACCACAACUACUGCUAAUGGAAUGCAACCACCUUUAUCUCGUCCAUCGUCAGUUGUUCCAAUGGAUAUUGACAUGAGUGUCACAGUAGAUUCAAUGGAAAUAGGAGAAGCUAAAGAAGAUAUAGUUAAACUUCAACGUAAACGUAUUGAAGAACUGCAGUUAGAACUUCAGAGGUCCCAGUUCCAACUUCAGCAACAGCAAAACUUUUUGCAGAAUCAGCCCUCCCCCCAGAAGCCACACACCCAGUUGGCAGUUCUCAGCCCACACUCAAGUUCCCAAAGUAUCAGCUACAGUGUUCCAGUUUUCACCACCACAGCUCCUCUUCCCAGUGUUCCAGCAACGGAAACCAAGUUAAACCAACGACAGUUACUUCAACAACACUUACAACAAAAAAUUCAACAACAGCAGUCACAACAACAGCAACAAGGAAUUUCAAAUGUUACCAAUGCCGUUUCACCAACUUCAACGUCUGCAGCAGUAAAAGCUAACCUCGCUGCAUUUCUUCACAGUCAGCAUGGUGCUUCACAAGGCUGUACUUUAACAGCAAGUGUUGCUCAACAGCCUUUGGUGAGUUUCCCACCCUCCGUGGAUCAAGAAAAAACAUUCCCAACUGUGACUUCAAUCCUUCUGUGUCCCUCUACUUCCACUACUCCAGUGAUAACUGUCCCAACUUCAACACCUGCUAAACCUCGGGCAAAUUCACUGCCAGGCGGAGUGAUUCACCAGAAGAAGGUUUCUUUACCCACCUUCAGCACCAUGAUGACUAGCAAGCCUGCUUCAGUCAACACAAGUACUGAUCCACAGUUCCUGAUCAAACGGCCCCCUCCUGACUACGAUGAAGCCACCAAACAGUUGAACAAAUCCAAAAAGAACCAGUCAUAUCCAGCUUUAAUGAGUCACCUCAAUAACUGUCAUUCUGGUCGCAAAUCUGUCAAGAGUCAAGCAGUUGACGACGUGUUGGAGAUUUUGAUCAAAAAUGGAGAACUGCCACCUAGUGCUGCUCAAGAACCACCGACUCCAACUACCCUUGAAAGUCAAGCUGUAACCAAAGCACAACCAACAACUUUCCCGGUAAUUACCACCACAUCAGCACCGAUCCCACCACCACUUCCAACUUCCACACCUCAGCCUAUUCAUCAAGCUGUCCCUUCUUUUGUUUCCCCUAAUUCCAGCUCAGCUUCUUGUGUUCCAGCAAGUUUAACCAUGAGUCCGCCAUCUACUGUUCUGAAUGAAGCAGACCACAGUCCCUCUACAGCUCUUGACUUUGACCUUCACCUGGAUUUAGAUGAUUUUGAAGGAAUGGACCUUGGAGUGCUAGUACCUAGCGAGGAGCAGAAAAUAGAUACUACUGCUACUUAUAACCAGCAAUCAGCCCAGAUUAGUCAACCUAGUACAGGGAGACAUUCUAUCAACACCCCAACUCCUAAUGUUGGAGCAGAAUUCCAUGACCCAGGUAUGGACAUUGAACUGACAGAUUGGCUGGAUGCCAUGAUGCCACCCACUAGUGGAAUGACGGUGAACAACACUCAGUCCAGCUAUAGUGGACCUAAUGACCAUGACCCGCUACUGUCCAAUAUGAGUGCCCCGCAUGACCCUUUUGACCUGUUAUCUGUAGAAGAUAUGGAUUUCAAGACUCCAACUUUAAUGUGGGAUUUUGCUACCUAAGGACAUUUCUGUGAUAUGGAGUGGUCCAGCUUUAUUUAUUUUUUUCUUUAACUUUUAUCAGUCACUUAUUGGCUAUGAUAUUUAGAGUUAGAGGUGCAAGCUUGUGCCUUGUGACUGUGUGGUCAAGACAAAAAGUGAAGCAAAGAAUUGAGGACCAAGAACACUCAAUGGUGUUUGGACCACAGUACAGGAACAUUUUUUAAUUGUUCCAAAUCAAGAAGUGGACUGACUUGUAAUAAAACACAUGGAAUUAUAUGUGUUUCUCUUAAUCCACUGAAAAAGUUUAUCCAGCUUAGAAAGCUUGAGAUAGAUUAGCUUUCAUUAACCAAAAGUUGAUUUAGUGAAAUUGCUUAUUGAUCAAAACUUAUCUUCCAGAAUUGUUUUACAUAGGAUUGUUAUGUACUGUAUCAGUAAAUUGUGUUUAUUAUUUCAUACUGUAUAGCUUUAAAAAGUUGCUUUAAUUAUAUAUAUGCACUAGAUUUUUUUCUUUUCUUUUUGUGAGUUGCUUUCAAGCCCAUAUUCAAAGGACAGAGCUGGUACACCUCAGGUAAAAGCUAUUUCUUAAUACUUUACCAUCAGAUGAUUCAUUUGUUAAUCAUUAGAGAGGCAAGUUUAUGGUUACACUUCAUUUUUAUAACUUGAUUUUCAAAAUUUAUACUUCUUAAAUACUUUAUACAAACAGAAAUUGCUGAUACUUUAAAUCAAGCUUCCUUCCUUUGUAAAGUAUGAAGAAAUUUGUUUAAUAGAUAACAUUCUUUCCCGAGGUUUAUUAGCUACAUUCCUUGAAUGCUAUGGGCUGGAACCAUCAAUUAUGUACAGUUGUGUAAAGUAAACAGAUUAUUUAAAAUGUGUAAGCUAUACAGUGUUUGGUUGGUUUUAACUAACAAGAUUAUACAAAUUUUUAGUUGGAUCUUAUAAGGAAUUUUUAAGUGUAAGAUAGAUGUUUCAAUGUAACCGGUUUACAUCCAAAGCCAGAGAUGUUUUAGUUGGUUAAAUGUUGCGUAACGAGUGCCAUACAAAGCCAGAGAUGUGUUAGUUGGUUAAAUGUUGUGUAACGAGUGCCAUACAAAGCCAGAGAUGUGUUAGUUGGUUAAAUGUUGUGUAACGAGUGCCAUACA